AUGAUUCAACGGAAAAUGACGCGAAGGAUUUCAUCCGAAGUCUUUUCCAUUCACACUCAUGAUCAUCAAACCAUCACUUCCAUUCUCUUCUUCCCCGCGGUUACCAAUCACCAUUCUUCGCAUGUCGUCCUGCUGGUUUCGCCCAAUGCUUGUGUGGCGGAAUGCUAUUACGACUGCGAUCCUUCUGUCCAUUUCUAUACAAAACUCGGCUAUCACGUGCUCGUGUACGAUUACCGCGGGAGUGGAGGGUCCACCGGCGAUGUAACUCCCGAGAAUACUGUUUCGGACGCACGAUUAGCCGUGGAAUUCGUCGAAAAGAAGUACAAAAUUAGCCUCGAAAUUGUGCAUGGGACGAGUAUUGGAGGUUUCGUUGUCCCGCGGGUAUCCAAUGAAACUCCCCUCUUGAUAUUCGAUCGAACAUUCUGCGACAUGAAUUCCCUCGUAUCCGAAUUCGUCCCCUCCAUAAUCGCGGUUUUGGUCAAAAUUUGUCGUCGAUGGCCGAUGAAAAUAGCCCCUAUUUUUGACAUUCAUCGAAACUCCCUGAUUUUGUUUGACCCCGAAGACGAAAUCGUUUGUUUCCCCGCUUCGCUCAUCACGGGUCUGACAUCACGCUAUUGUCGUCCAGAUUCCGACGUGAACGAAAUCGAAACUUUGUUUUUGGCGGGAAUUCAAAAAGGGCGGGAAAUCGUCGGUCGAAUUCCCACGGUAAACGACAUCGAAAGCGAAUUGAGCAAUUACGAAGCGAUGACCGAAUGGCAGGUUAUCGAAAUGGAGGGAGUUUCACAACGAACCAAGCUCGCAAUUCUCUUUUACAAGACUUUUAUUUGUGGAAUUCCAAUAAAGUCCCUGUUUUUUGCUCCCCAGGCGCAGCAGCGCGAGGGAGUUUCAUUCAUCGUUCGGUUUUUGAUGGUUUCACCGCGGUUUUUCGCUCAUUUCCAGACUUGGCGGCAUCGCGUGACGACGUUUCUUUCCCGCGGAAUUGACUGGGAUCGCCUGGGGGAAAUUCUGGCCAUGCCGAGUUUCCACGAUUGUGCCACGCGGGAAUUCGGCGAAUUGGUCGCGUUGUGGGAGCGCGUGAAGGAGUGCAAUAACCGCGAGAAUGGAGUGAUUCCAGGUGGAAACGUGGAAAGGUGGUAA